UGUCAGAGGCCGCCUAACCGCGACUGUGCGCCGCAGCCGGAGAAGUGUUUGGGCUGCGCACGGAGCUCGCGGCUGUCAUCAGCGGCGUCUCUCCGUCCCGGCCGGAUUCUGACAAAGUCACAGCCCUCGUGCUUUCUCCGGAUCUGGCAAGCAGCAACCCCCGUCCUGGACAGCAUGCUCGGGGUUCUCCUUCUAGGUGUGCUGGCACGGGCUGGUCUGGGGAGCUCAGGGCCCAUCGAACCGCAGCCUAGUGGCAGCCAGUGCGUGGAGCACGAGUGUUUCGCACUUUUCCGGGGCCCCGUGAACUUUCUGGCUGCCAGCCAGGCCUGCGAGCGGCUUCAAGGACACCUGAUGACCGUGCGCUCCUCCGUGGCCGCCGAAGUCAUCACGCUGCUGCAGAGCGGCGACAGCAGCAUGGGCCCGAACCUCUGGAUCGGUCUGCAGCUUCCACAGGGCUGCAGUGGCCCCGGCAAUCUCGGGCCCCUGCGCGGCUUCCAGUGGGUUACGGGCGACAACCACACCAGCUACAGCAGGUGGGCGAGGCUCGACGACGGGGCUCCAGUGUGCGGCCCGCUGUGCGUCACGGUGUCGGGGCCAGCGGCCUCCGUGCCCAGCGAUCCGAUCUGGGAGGAGCGCCAGUGUACCGCGGAGGCCGAUGGCUUCCUCUGCGAGUUCCACUUCGCAGCCUACUGCAGGCCGCUGGAGGCGAAUCCCCGAAACCAGGUGGCCGCCCCUAUUUCCAGCACCUACAUCACCCCGUUUGGGGCCCGCAACGCGGACUUCCAAACGCUUCCCGUGGGCAGCUCCGUGGUGGUGGAGUCGCUCGGCUUGACAUUGGUGUGUUCGUUGCCGUCUGGAUCUGCCUCGGGGCGGUGGAGUCGGGAGGCACCGGGCCCCUGGGACUGCGGCGUGGAGAACGGCGGCUGCGAGUACGCGUGCAACACCAGCUCGGGGACCCCCAGCUGUUUCUGCCCGGGUAACCUGGGCCUGCAGGCGGACGGGCGUUUCUGCACCUCACCCCCAGUGCAAAAGUGCACCGACCUCUGCGAGCACUUUUGCAUCAGUAACCCCGCCGAUCCAGACUCCUACUCCUGUAUGUGCGAGACGGGCUACAAGCUGGCAGCGGAUCAGCACCAGUGCGAGGACGUAGACGAUUGCAUGCUGGUGCCCAAUCCGUGCCCGCAGCGCUGCGUCAACACCAAGGGUGGCUUCGAUUGUCUUUGCUACGAGGGCUACGAGCUGGUGGACGGAGAGUGCGCGGAGCUCUUGGAUCCGUGCUUCGGAUCGAACUGUGAGUACCAGUGCCAGCCCGUGAGCCAAACUGAAUACCGCUGCAUCUGCGCCGAAGGCUUCGCGCCCGUCCCCCAGACGCCGCACCUGUGCCAGAUGAUCUGCAAUCAGACGGCAUGCCCCGCGGACUGCGACCCCCACAACCCCGAAUACUGCGAGUGCCCCGAAGGCUUCAUCCUGGACGAGGGUUCUAUGUGCACGGACAUCGACGAGUGCAGCCAUGGAGGAGAAUGCCGCAAGGGGGAAUGUCGCAACCUCCCCGGCUCCUUUGAAUGCCUCUGCGGGCCCGACUCCCCCUUCGCCGGCCAGAUCAGCACCGACUGUGACCCCAUCGUGGUGAAUAACAAGGGCUACGAGGACGGCUCGGGAGAGCCCCCGUUCAGCACCAGGAUACCUGACUCCACUUUGAGACCCCCUUCCGCCGGGGCCGUGCAUUCGGGCGUGCUCAUUGGCAUCUCCAUCGCCAGCCUGUCCCUGGUGGUGGCCCUUCUGGCGCUCCUCUGUCACCUGCGGAAGAAGCAGAGCACUGCGCGCGCGGAGCUGGAGUACAAGUGUGGGUCACCUGCCAAGGAGGUCGUGCUGCAGAACGUGAGGACUGAGCGGACGCUGCAGAAACUCUGAGGAGGCGCAGAUGUUGCCCUGGCCUCUCCUCCUUCCUAGGGACUUUCUCUUCUCCCUUGGCCCUCAGCUUUUUACUCUGUGGUGACUCAAAUGCACCCUAGAUGGCGUGGCACCUGGGGAAGACCCGGCUCCAUCCUCCCGUGUAACUGAGGAGGGGGGUUUCAAAGGAGGGUAGUCCCAGCCUCUCCCAUGAUGCCACUCGACAACUGGGCAGAGAUGGCAAGUUUAUACUAAGACACGGCCUUCGAGGUGGCUCAGGCCAGGAAGGGUGAGCAGGAUUGGUCUGUAGCUUUGGGGGCAGAACUUGACACCACGAUUAGUGAAGACCAAGAUAUUUAUUUUUUAAGCUAUUCAGUUUUUUUAUUCCUCUUUCUCUUGUUUUUCCCCCCUACCUGUAUGCCUCCAAUACCCACUUUCCCUUCUUCUUGUCCCUCUUUCCCUGCCCUCUUCCCUUUCCAUCCCCUUAAUCCCUCUCUCUUCCU